AUGCAGCUGAUCGAUGGUCAUGCAGUCGCGCUAUUUACUCUGAUUCUGCCACCUAGUUGUCCUCCUGGGAGCAAGAAUCGUGGCGAGUAUGUGGCACAUACGCUUGGGGCUGCUGAGGAAGAUGGUGGGGUUGUGGAUGGAAGAACGGAGGAUGCGAAAGGGGUGGAUGCAGGAGGCAUGGAGAAGGUUGGCACAUUGGAAGAAGGUGAGCAGUGUGGCAACCCUUGUUGCACUCUUGGUACCACUCUAUGCAUUGCAGUGUGCUGGUCUCCAGUGGUGGCAGCAGGUGCGACACCUGAUGUUGCAGUAGGACGUGCAAUAUCAGGCCUGACAGCAGGGGAUAGUGAAUCGCUUGCAACGAUACAAGUGACAGAAGGUGUUCUAAUAGCGGUUGCGAGAGGUGUGGCAGCAGGUGCUGUGAAUGGGGGUGCGAGGGGCUGCAGGUUUAGAGAUGAACGUGGUCUAGAUACCCUAUUGCUCCUUCGCCCUUGCCACGGCCUCGACCCGCCUGGGCCUCCUGAGGGUGCAACAGCCACCCUUGCUCCACCUUCCCUGACUCCUUCAUCUCCUGCUCUCGCUUUCCAUCCUCUCUGCUCCUCCACGGUCUUUCGUUUCCUCCCACCCCCAUUCUGUCUUGCAUGCCGCCUACCAACCUCCGACCCUCCACUCCUCUUUCCAACCUCCCUCCCACAGUUGCCCCUACCACCAGUCCCCCUCCCACUGUCCCUCCAUCCACCGUCCCCCAUCCCACUAGCCCCUCUAUCACCAGCCCCUCUAUCACUAGCCCCUCUAUCACCAGUCCCUCUAUCACCAGCCCCUCUAUCAUUAGCCCCUCUAUCACUAGCCCCUCUAUCACCAGCCCCUCUAUCACCAGCCCCUCUAUCACUAGCCCCUCUAUCACUAGCCCCUCUAUCACUAGGCCCUCUAUCACCAGCUCCUCUAUCACCAGCCCCUCAAUCACCAGCCCCUCUCUCACCAGCCCCUAUCUCACCAGCCCCUCUCUAA